AAGUUAAGGCAUGACGUAAGGCAAGUAGCCAUAUUUAAGUUCAACACUCAGUCUGGUAUAUACAGUCUGGUAUAGUGAGGCGCACUAAGAUUGUUAAUCCGAUAUGACUGCUGAAGGCAUAUGGAUCUUUCUGGACGAUUCCAAUUUAUGGAUAGAAGCCAAAAAGGUGAAAGGACAUAGGCUCAACAAAAUGUUUACAGAAGACCCUCGCUUGAGAAUAGAUGUUGGAAGGUUAGCUAAUUUGAUAAGCAAUGGAAGAGUGGUGAACAAUGCAACUUUGUAUGGAUCAGAGCCGCCGCCAAUAGACACAGUAUGGAAGAAAAUAGAGGAAAAGGGUUGGCAAAUCAAGAAACACAAGAGAAGUGAGUGGACAAACAAAGAGAAAAAAGUUGAUACCCAAAUUGUUGCUGAUGUGACAGCAUUAGUUUAUGAUACUGAAAACAGGAAAGAUGGAUCUACCGUUGUUAUAGUUAGCGGUGACAAUGACAUGUCUCCAUGCAUUGAAAAGGCUAUCCAGAAAAGGUGGAAUGUAGAGGUUUGGGCAUUGGAAAAGAAUUUAGGUGGAGACCUUAAGCGUCUUCGCGAUAAAAAUCCUCAAUUAAUGACAACUCAUGAUCUUUCACAUCCAGAUUAUUUCGAUAAUUUUACUUUUACCACUGAAAGGUUUACUAUGUCCAAACAUUUCAGAAAUGAGCUGUUAAGUCGUGGGAUCGUGCUACGAAAUUGCGUCAGACAGCUUCAAGGUGAGAAAAACAAAGAACUCAUGGAGUUAAAGAAAACCCUUGAUAAGUUCAAAUGGCCUUGGCAACAUGCCUGGCUACUUCGAAAGUCAUCAGAGGCUGCUAUGGGUCAGGACCUAGCAAUCCUGUUCCUCAUGUCCAAAGAUAAAACUUUGGAUGACGAUACUCCCUUAAAGCUCUAUAAGCCAAAACUAGAAACUCUAUGCGUACCUAAAUUAUGCGAACAAGUUCUGACAUACUUUGACUACAUUAAGAGCACUCCCGGCAAGGACACAGCUCCCGAUCUAUGUUUUAACAGGUAUACUGUUCUGGGGUGUGAAGAUGCCGAUGGAAUGUCAACCCCAUCCGCUGCCACUGCCAACAUAUCUGGCACUGACAAAGUCCUCGGACCUGCUGAUGGAGAAAGUAAUCCCGAUUGUACCUCUGGUCGAAUAUCACCGAGCGGGGCCACACAACACGAUACAACACAGAAAAUGACCCAUCAACAAUACCAGGAUCCUGUACUUCCAAGAAGCAGUAGCCACCAAUCCAUACUCACCGAACAAACCGAGGUUCCAUUUGAGCAAGUUAAGCGCAAACAGCGCAAACAGCACCAGCGGUACACUACCCCUUGUGAAUAUCAUUUUCAGUGUGACAGUGGUAGAAAAUGUAAACAUUCUCACACGGAACAAGAAAAGUUGUUCUUGGAAAAGCGGAAUGAAUAUGUUACAAAUAAGACCCAGGACAAUUUGUAUAAGUACAAGACCGUCAUGUGCAACAACAUUGUCUUAGGUAUUUUUUGCCGACAUCAAAAGGCAUGUCUGUUUGCUCACAGUAAAGCAGAACAGGUAUGCUGGAAGUGUCAUGAUCAAGGACAUGCUACAAAUGAAUGCCAACAAUAGUCAGAGAAAACACUGUCACAUAUGACUAUAAAUAUGUGUUUGACAAUAUAUAUUGAACGAUUAACACACAGUGCCAUUCAGAAAGUGGUUAAAUGCAACAAAUGUUAUAUUUGGGAUAACGCUUUCUGAGUAAAGUGCAGAUUCUCGUACUCGGUGGCUG